GGCCGAGGUUUAGCCAGACUGCGCGGCCGGACGCCGGCGCCAUGGAGGAGUACGCUCGGGAGCCUUGCCCAUGGCGAAUUGUGGACGAUUGCGGAGGAGCCUUCACUAUGGGUGUCAUCGGCGGUGGAGUCUUCCAGGCCAUCAAGGGCUUCCGCAACGCCCCUGUCGGAAUUCGGCACCGACUGAGAGGUAGUGCCAACGCUGUGAGGAUCCGAGCCCCCCAGAUUGGAGGUAGCUUCGCGGUGUGGGGGGGCCUGUUCUCCACCAUCGACUGCGGCCUGGUGCGCCUGCGGGGCAAAGAAGAUCCCUGGAACUCCAUCACCAGCGGAGCAUUGACCGGGGCCGUGCUGGCGGCCCGCAGUGGCCCAUUGGCCAUGGUGGGCUCAGCAAUGAUGGGCGGUAUCCUCUUGGCUCUCAUAGAGGGUGUUGGCAUCCUCCUUACUCGCUACACUGCCCAGCAGUUCCGCAACGCACCCCCGUUCCUGGAGGACCCCAGCCAGCUGCCCCCUAAGGAGGGUACCCCAGCCCCAGGCUAUCCCAGCUAUCAGCAGUACCACUGAGGAAGUGACUGCCUAUCAUCACCACCGUGGGAGCCCCUCCUCCGUUCCCUCCCCGAUGAUCUACCUCGAAGGGAGGGCUGGCUCCCAGUUGGCCCUGGGACCCUCCAGAGAGGGCCUCUACUCUGCUCCCUUGUCCCAGGGUGGGGGGUGGGGCACCCCAGCUGCCCUGAUGGAUGGGUCCCCUUCUCAGGGCACCCCAACCCCAAGUUCACAUGUAACAAGUUCUCACCCCAGCCCCUUUUCCUGGCGCCCUGAUGAGUAUUUAAAGCCAGUUUUGAAAUGCCUGUGUUUGUACUCCUUGAGCCGUGCGUGUUGGGAGCCCCUCCUUAGGACAGGGGGCAGAGCCCUCUUCAGAGACUCAGAAGCCCUAGAACUUGGAGUCCCACAGAGAGUGGGCUCUAGUAAAUGUCUGUGGGAUGGAUGAGCAGGAGGGGGAAUGAAUCAAGAUGUGAAUAGGUACGUGAAUAAGGGUGUGUGGGGGCCAAGUGAUGACUCGUAGGCAGACAGAGGAACAGGCUUGGGAAAGAAGUGA